UCGUCACGUGAUGUUUAUGGCCACGUACGCUCCGGAAGAAGGGAUUAUUUGCGUGCUCGCGAAAAGCACGAAUGCCGGAAAUGACAUUCAUUUAGGAAAAAGUAGGCUACGGUAUAAAGGGUGGGGAGAGUCGCUUUAAAGGCCGGAAGUGGGAGCGCGGAGGGGGCGAGGAACUUUUCUGUCUGCCGGACACGAAAUAGCUGCGGGGGGCGGAUCUGUACGUCGCUUCAGCCCGCGGGCCUUGCGGGGAAAGGGCUGCCGAGGCCAGGAUGGAUUUCAGUGAGAUCCUGAUGGUGGCGUCGGAACAGCAGGGGCUCAGCUCAGUGCCGAAAAGAUACAGCUUGGCAGUAGGCCCUCCCAAAAAGGAUCCAAAAGUAAAAGGUGUUCACUCAGCAGCAGUGCAAGCAUUCCUCAAGCGGCAGGAGGAGGACCGUAGGAAAAAAGAUCUAGAGGAAAAGAAAAGAAAAGAAGGACUUUUAGCUAAGCGCGUGGAACUGAAACAUGACAGAAAAGCAAGAGCUAUGGCUUCUCGAACAAAGGACAACUUCCGUGGCUAUAAUGGCAUUCCUGUUGAAGAAAAACCUAAAAGAAGGCUGACUGGUGAAAGCAGGUCUGAUAGAAAUGCAGAAGUAGUGGAGUGUAUGACAGGUGAUAAAAUGGAGCAAUUUGAAUAUAGUCAGACAGAAUCUGAACAUGAAUCUGAAGAUUAUGAAGAAAAGCCAUCCAAAAUAUCAGUGAAACCAAAGGCACCUCCCAAGACUGCACCCCCACAUCUGAAUUUUAUGGAUCUUCUUAAACUGGCUGAAAAAAAACAGUAUGAACCAGUGGAAAUAAAAAUAGUAAAAAAGACAGAAGAAAGACCCAUGACAGCAGAAGAACUGAGAGAACGAGAAUACUUGGAGCGAAAAAACAGAAAAGGGGUUGUAUUAAAGGAGAAGAAAGGAGAAAAAGAAAUGAAACAUGUUGUGGUAUCUAGUUGUUCCAAAAAAGACCUUUCACAGAAGGAGUCCUUAAAUGCUAAACAUGGCAAGCAUUCCACAGAUAAACAUUCCUUCUCAAAGGGAAGCCUUUCCUCCCAAAGUGGUCAUGAUAAGACAUCCAAAGGACCAGUAUUGUCCUCCAAACCUAAACACAUUGAGAAAGUAAAACCUGCACUCAAGGGACCUGUAAAAAGUUCACCUAGCACUGGUCAUAGUAAAGCUCCAGUCAGUGGAGGAAGAAAAAUGGGAUUGAGUUCUCAUACCCCAGUCUUGAAAACAGCUGAUGAUGGGGCUCAGAAAGAGUCAUCUGUUAAAGAACCUAGUCUUAAGAAAACUGUUAGCCAUGUAAAACCAUCUAGCAUGACUGCUGCCCAACAUGAAAGUAUUAAACAUUCCAAGCAGGCAAGCAGUGGUUCUGGCACAGGACAAUCUCUUCCACGAACAAAGAGCAAUUUGAGUACAGGACCAGGGAGGCCAGGCAGCAGUUUGAAUAUUGGACGUGGAUUACAGAGCACUAGUUCAAGCAUGGGACCUGGACGAUCAGGAAGCAGCUCAGGAUCUGGACAACGAAGCAGCAACUCAAGUGUGGGGCCUGGGCGGCCGGGCAGUAGUGUAGUUACGGUACCCAGCAGACCAGGAAGCAGUUCUGGACCAGUGCGUCCUAGUAGUGGCCAAAGCACUGGAUCUGGGCGGCCAAGUAGCACAUUAAACAGUGGACUGGGAAGAGGAAGCAGCUCGGGGCCUGGACCAGGCAGGCCAAGCAGUGCUUCAGUAGGAAAUGUAAAACCGAAGUGCACUGUUGUAUCAGAAACAAUCUCAUCUAAAAAUCUGGUCCCCAGACUGUCUAGUGGCCUGGUGAAUGGAAUGAGACCACAGCAAAGACCUGGGAUUCCCCCACAAGGUUUUCCAAGGUCUUUUCUGCCUAUUACUUCUAAAAGGCCAUAUGAAGAUGAUGAUGAUGAAGACUCUGAAAUGGAGGACUUUAUUGAUGAUGAAGGGGAGCCCCAAGAAGAAAUCUCUAAACAUAUCAGAGAAAUAUUUGGAUAUGAUCGCUCUAAGUAUAAAGAUGAAAGCGACUAUGCCUUACGUUACAUGGAAAGUAGCUGGAAAGAGCAGCAGAAGGAGGAAGCCAAGAGCUUGAGACUUGGAAUGCUAGAAGAUCUUGAAGAACAGAGACGUGAAGAGGAGGAAUUGAAACGCAAGAAGCAGGCCAAAAAGUUGAGAACACGUUAACCAGUUUGCCGUAACUAGGGUUUUCUGUUGCUCUUCCAUUUCUUUUCCUCAGCUCUUCCACAUGACCCAGAUUUCAGCUUUAGUUUUACAUUUUAUAUGAAAGGGUAAUAAAUUAGAGAUGAAACACAGAAAUAUGAUUUUUAUUUUAUUUUUUGGUCGACCCUCAAAUCAUUUUUAGUACUUGCCACAGUUUUUUUUAAAACAAAUAAAUAAUGCACUAAUGGAGCAUAUUAGAUGGAGUAGAUAGCGGAUGAAUGUUACUACUGCUUAAAGUAGUUGAAGGAUGCUGGCAGACUGUUGACUGACUAUGCACUGGCUUGCAGCAAGUGGGCCCCACACAUCAGUAUGCCAGUCUGCUUUUUUCAUUUUCCUGAGAAAAUAAAGAAUAUUGUUCCUGUUCUCUUCUAAAAGACACAGUGUGUCCUGAGUGAAGAAUCUUAAAAUGUCACACUUUUCUGUUUAGAUAAAGCACAGACAAAAUUUAGCUGCUGUUAUUGAUGUUGAAAGCAAUAGAAAUAUGUGCUGGCCUUUCUGGUAGGAGAACUGGCUUUUCUGAAGAAGUAACAUGAUGAAAGAUCAGGAGUUUUGUUUCACUAAUGCGUAGCCCAGUUCUCUCCGCUGUAGUUGCUUGUGUAGAAUAAAGGGAGGCAGUACAAUCCAGUAUGAGACAAGAUAACAGUCCUGACCAGCAACACUUUAAUUACUGAUGUAACCCCCCUCCCAUCCCAUUGCUAAGCUCCGUUGCUGGUAGUAAUUAUUAUGGGGCUUUUUCUCUGGUCUUGUGAAUAGACUGCUGGGUGUGUGGGGGCAGGUUAUGCAUGCAUUAGAUGGAAAUCUUGUGGAGGCUGGCACUGAGUGCAGCGCUUGAUGCUCACUUGUGCUACAAUGCAGAAGAUAGAAUCAGGCAACAAGGGUCAGAAGUUCUUUCAAUAAUAAACAGGGCCAAAAGAUUUGUUUGCCUCUUCAAGCUGAAAUUUUAUGCCAAAAAUAAGAUGAAAAUUUAAAAAAAUUACCUUGGAAAACAUGAAUGUGCAAUGUUCUUAUAUAUAAAUAUAAUUUCUAUUAUAAGGAUUUCUUAAAUGUAAGGAAUAUUUUAGGCAUAUUUUAAACCCAGUUUUUUCAGUCUGCAAUCUUGGAUUUGGCAUGCUAUGUUAAUAACUCCAAAGCCUGCUGGGUAUAUAUUACCACUAGUACCAGAUUUUUCCAACAAACAUGCUGAUUCUGUGUUCUUCUGCUUAGGGAGUUGGAUAGCUACUCUGAAUUUCAUUAAUAGCUGUUUUGUUUGCUGAAAAUCUACCUGUUCAGUUUGUGAAGAGGUUACAUGUGUCUCUUUUGAAACUGCACACAGAUUCAAUCAAAAGUAAAACCCAUAAUGGGUUGGAUCCAGACAAAAUUUCCUGUUAGCAGAAUGGAAUUUUCCUGCUUCCCUGCUCCCAGUGAUCUUUGAAAUACUUAUCCUAUAGUAUAGAGACCAUAGGAACAACACAAGGCAGAGCUGCAGCAGCAAGGGGGAAGUCCGUGGAAAUUUACUAUUUAGUCUGGAUCUAACCCCAUGUGUGCAUGUUGCAAGAGGCUGUCCUACAGGAUUUUCCUUUUUCUGUGUGUACAGAAUCCUAAUUUCAGUCCAGCAUUUCAUGUCUUAUUUGCCAAGUAUCCAUAACAUGCUGUCACAGCAACAAUCACUGAUAGUUCCUACCAUGAAAAAAAUUAUCUGGAAAGAAGAAAUCCAACCUCCUAGUUCAGGGGUGGUCAAGGUUAGCUCUCCAGAUGUUUUUUGCCUACAACUCCCAUCAGCCCCAGCCAGCAUGGCCAAUGGCUGGAGCUGAUGGGAGUUGUAGGCAAAAAAACAUCUGGAGAGUUACCCUUGGCCACCCCUGUGGCCAAGGUGGGACAAAGUGGAAUUUAACAUUUUUUUUAAAAAAUGAAGAGACCAUUCAGCCUUUCUAGCUCUCUGGAGAACCAUUUGCCUUUGCUGUACCUUCAUGAAAUAGAAAUUCUGGGCAAUUGGUUUCCUACAAUUAACUUGUUAUUUAACAAGAGAUCUUUGUUUAAUUUUUUAACAGAACCCUGUAUACUUUAUGUACCACACAACUGCUUUGUCUUGGAACUCUCACUGUGUGUGAGUCUAACAGAUGCAUUUGUUUCUGUGUUUGUCUGCCAAGACAGCAACUGUUGGAAUCAUGAUCAAGUUGCUGUUCAUUAGUUGAGAUAUACUUCUCAGCAAGCCUUGGAUCUGAUAAAGAAUUUUUAGUAACAUAACUCUGUUCCUAGAUUUCUCACAAAUCUUUAUGCCUUGCUUGCAUAAUUUGACCACUUCUUGCGAGAUUAAUUUAAUACUCUACUUUGAAACACUUCAGUGUUACUUCUCUUGUAAAAGAUAACUGGAAAUAUUGCUAUCUUUCACCAAUGCACUUAACCUAUUAAAUUUUACAUUUCAUGUAAUUUUCAUGAAAGCUAACCUGAUCAUGUACUCCAAAGUAGUCGUUCAUAAUUGUAUUCUCUUUUCAGGUGUUAUGCUGUUUACUAUUUAGUAAUAUGUGUUUACAUUGUGUGCCUCCCCCCCACUUAUUUCUUCACCUUAUAUAAAAAUUUUUGGCAACAAGAUGAAUUGGAAUAUUCAGGGUUUUCCCUAAGGUACAUAAAACAUUCAGGCAAAAGUUUUAGAAUAUAUUUUUUCCUUUUAAGCAUUGCAUUGAUGAUUUCACAAAUUGUAUUAGCGAAUCUCCAGUCUGAAUAUCAGAUUCUGUUCCAGUAAAUGAAAGAUGUGCCUUGUUUUAAAAAUAAAUUUAAUUAUUUCCUUGAAUGUAUGAAUGAAAUAAAGGGUUAAUUCUGGUAUCAAAGAUACUAUGUUUAAGCUUGAUGAUUUGACAUAAUAUUCCUUUCAUAAAGCCUUUCCAUGCCUUGCUUUGCACAGCUAUAGUAGUUAAUACUUAUUGAUACUACUAAAUAAAACUUAAGGGCACUUUGAUUUAAACUUCAUUUGAAAAUUACCUUCUAUGUGUUUUGUUACAGCUGUACUUAAAGGCCAGGGCAGUUGUAUUGUGGAAAGGCCUAGUGAGCAACUUUGUUAUGUACUUCAAAAAUUCUUUAAAGUAUAUAUUUAAAACCUUAUUUUUAUAUAAACCAGCAUAACUGAUUUAGCUUUCUGUAACAUCAAUUAGCCCUGUAGCUAAAGUUUAUUUCUACAUAUCUAGCAAAAAACCAAAACACACUGGAAAGAAAAUACAUUUUUGAACAGACUAGUGAAUAUGUGAUGACUAUGUUGGAUUUCUAUUUAUUUUGUUGAGUAGUACAAUCAAGUGUUAGCAUAUUACUGCGAAUGCUUCUAGAGACUGUGUUUUCGUAUUUGUGAAACUCAUUGUGUUUUGCACAAUGUGAUAAAUCAGGUAAAAACUGUUCAGCAUAACUGUUUUCUGGUGCUGUCAAAGCAUAUACUUUUGCACGUUCAGAGUGCAAUCUGAAGCAAGUCAUGUAUAUAAUAAAUCAGACAUUUUAUCAAA